GAACGACGCGCCGAGUUCUCCUCGGCGCGACACAUGCUCAUUCCUCCUCAAUGACGCCGACAGUACAGAAGCUAUUAUUGUUUUUGCCCGCUAAUUUCGGUUAAAAUGGGGAUCUAGUUCCACACCCGCCCGCACACAUAGUGUGCUAGCACAACUACUAAAAAUGGAGGCCAUCAUGGCGUUUACGCUAAUUUCCACGGUCAUUGGACCAGACCAAUAUAUAUUAUCAGCAGUGUUCGAUUUGAAUAAAAACAAAAAUGUCAUUGGACACUGCUAUGGAGCUCAGCUUUUGGAAGGAGGAGCCCCUCUCGCCCGGGUUCUCAGGGCUUGAGGAGCAGGUUGACUUAUGGCAACUACUCGAAGACGAUGUGAAGAAGCAAGCACAAUCUCCAGAAAGAGACCCGCUGGGUGGCCUGGGGAACUCAGGGGAAUGGCUCCCUGAAUCCCCAGGUGACUCAUGCGACUCAUUUAUUACUAUCGACACCUCUCUUCAAGCACGAGGACAACUAGCAUCUCAGAUUCUGCAAUUACUCGACGAUGACAUCAAAGAAGAACCCUUCCCAGACUGGUAUGAAACGAAAACGGACCAGGCCAUCUUCGACGAGCUGCCGUCGCCAACGCCCUCCCUGUCCAAGGAUGAGGCGGGCUUGGCCUCGCGGCCGUUCGCCGGGCUGUGCAUGCCGCCGGCAAUGCCGCUGCCCAUGACGGGAGCGCCGUACGCCGUGGCCGCCAACCCAGCUUACCCGACGCCAGCACCACCCGCCGCCGUCCUGGUGCCGCUCACCACCGUGCAGCAGCAGCAGCAGCAACUCCAGCCCGCGGUCGCGCUCCUGCACUUGCCCGUCAACCACCACCCGACGGCCGACUGCGGCCCGGGGCUCUUGACCACCAUCCAGCCGCAAGCCGACACGCAGACGUUGCUCCAGGAGUUCGAGUUCGUCUUCGACAAGGUGGAGCGCCACGGCGGCGCCCUCACUCCCCCGCAAAGCCCCCCGCACCACAUCGCCCAGCACUCCGUCUACUACCAGCAGCAGCCGGCCCCGCAGGUGCACCAGGAGCAGCACAUCCAGCCCCUGCUGCACUUCCCGGACGUGCUUCAGACCCCACAGCAGCAGCAGCAGCUCAUCCUUGAGGUGGACGAGAUCGUCCGCAACCGCGUGCAGCAGGACGAGGAGGCCUCGUGGCUGGCGGCGCUCGCCCCGCCCAGCCCCUGCACCAGCUCCAGCAGCAGUAGCAGCAGCAGCAACUUCUCGUGCGCAGACUCGCCCGCGCCGGCCUCCCCCGAGACCGACGACCCCGAGUGGACCCCCGGACGCGCCCCCGGCAGCCCGACGCCGCCCACCAGCGCCGAGGCGUCACCCGCGCCCGGCAAGGCUCCCUCCAGGAAGCGCGGCCCCGCCAAGCGCAAGCCCUACUCCCACGACGUGCAAGACAAGCGCCUGCGCAAGAAGGAGCAGAACAAGAACGCCGCCACGCGCUACCGCAUGAAGAAGAAGGCCGAGGUGGAGGAGAUCUUGGGCGAGGAGAACGAGCUGAUCCGCAAGAACGACGAUCUGAAAGACAAGGUGAAGGACCUGUCCCAGGAGAUCCGCUACCUCAAGAACCUGAUGCGUGACGUCUUUCGCGCCAAAAACCUCAUCAAAUAGAGUCAAAGUACAAAAUUAUAACGCACCCGCGCGCGCCUUGUGCACGGGGACGCCGGGGGCCGGCCGCGCCAGCCGCGCCCCGGGGACCGCCUCGUCGGCCACCGCAGCUGACCCAGCCAUGACACGGGCCGCGGGGCCUCAAGGCAGGCGUCGGCCGGCUCGCCGGCGUCCCCUCGUGUGAUGAAUUUCGGUUUCUUAUCGCGCUACGCUUUAGAGUGACGAGACUCUUGUAGCUACCAUGCCUUAAUAUUGCCCCCCCCCCUCCCCCAGUCUGAGAAGGAUGUAAGUAAAUGUAGUGGUUGAAGAGAUCGGUAAAGGUAUUGCUAUUACUUUACCAUGGGCUUGUUUUCAUUAAUUUAUCUGUAUUGCAAGUACUAUGUAUUAAGCUGUAAUACCAAGUUUGUGUAUUUAGCAGGAUCCUAGUUGUUUAUGUGCACUUAGUGCUUGGAGAGAGAAGAUUUCUUUAAUUGUUUUGAUAUUACUUUUCUUAGCUGUUAGGUGGAGACUUAAGCACCUGCUGGCUUUUUUCCUUUCAAAAUUGAAACUGUGUGUCGAUAUAAUUUUGUUAUGAAUUUUCUCUAAUGAAUUUUCCCUAAUGAAUUUUGAGAUGCAUACAAUUUGGUUAAAUGCUUGCUUUGCCACUCGUCCAAAAGCUGAGUCUCCAAAUGUAUUGGGUAUGAGCAGAUGGUGCUUGCAGUGUCUAGACCAAACUUAUGACGGGCUCUGGCCCUGAUGUUUUUCCCUUUGUUCGAACCACUGGAAGAACAAUCUCCACAUGCUUUGAUGCAUUUAAUUAUAUAAGACAACAUUCAGAUAGAAAACAUGUUCACACUUAAUUUGAGUUGGUUUUGGAUUGUAUGAUUUUUAUUAAUUGGAGGUUCAGGGCUUAUCACUGCCUUGAUUUCCUUUUCUUUUUCCACCUAUAUUAUAAUUUUAUUGUUGCCUUAUUCAUUUUUAUUUUAUAAGGUAAUCUAUUUCUGUUUCCAGUACAACAAGCUGGCAUACGGAGUACUAGUAUGUAUCUCGAGCCACUUAUUUUAUCUUUUUACUCUUGUUUCGAAAGUAUUGUUUUGUAUUCGCGUGGACAUCUUGUAGAAUAAAUGUAGACAUGAUCAA